UAGAAGUAAAAUUUAAAUUUGAAGCCUAAUGUUGCCCGUACUCACUGAAAUAGUACUGUGUCUGAUAUGGUGUCUAUGACCGCUCUCUCUCUUCUCUCUUGUCGGUGAUCUCGGAAGCAUAUCAAGUCGUUGUAAAUUAUAAAAUAUUAAUUUAAUUAUUAAAUCAGUGAUAUAAAGUCGUAGUGCACAUUUUAUUACUCGCUUAAAAUCAAUAGGUUAAGGGCCCGGAAGCCCGAUUAAAUAAAAGUUGUACGUACAUUGUCAAAACAACCUCGCGACAACGUGCGCCGCAUUUCGCACUAAAAUAAUUUUUCACAAAAAUGUCAUCGGCGAAUCCACUUACAUUAAUAGAAAAACUCACAGGAAGAGAUAAUUAUAAUACCUGGAGAUUUGCAGUGCAAACAUAUCUGCAACAUGAAGAUUUGUGGUGUUGCAUAGAGUACGGUGACAAUGACCACGUGGAUCCGAAGCUGGACAUUAAAGCAAAAUCAAAGAUUAUUUUAUUAGUUGAUCCUAUUAAUUACGUACACAUUCAAGAAGCGAAUACAGCCAAAGAAGUCUGGGAUAACUUAUCACGUGCCUUUGACGACUCCGGGCUGACACGCCGAGUAGGUCUGCUGCGUGACUUGUGCACUACGACACUUGACCGAUGCCAAAACGUAGAGGAAUACGUUAGUAAGAUCAUCACGACAGCUCAUAAGCUAAGAAAAGGCUUCAAAGUGGAUAAUGAGUGGUUGGGAACAUUGCUACUCUCCGGUCUGCCUGAUUCCUACAAGCUUAUGAUAAUAGCAAUUGAGAGCUCAGGUAUGCAAAUAUCGGCAGACUCCGUAAAGUCUAAACUUUUGCAAGAUGUCAGAGAUGCUCAGAGGUUAGCAAUGACAAAAGUUUAUUCAAAGAUGUCCUGUAUAUGCCGGAACUUGCUACAAAUAUACUAUCAGUAAGUCAAAUCAUAGUGGUGGCCAAGUAAUAUAUAAUAAUUUGCUGUUUUAUUAUUUCUGUGUGUUAUUGUGAAUAACUAAAAUAAGAGAGUGGUAACAGCAGCUAGCUAAAUCAACAACAUGUACUGGCAGAAUAUCUCCAAGGACUAUGCAUACAUGUCUGACGUUGACA